UUCCUCCCCGCCUCCGCCUCGUCGUGGCCCCGACGACUCCCCCCCUCUCCCUCGUUAAACCCUAAACCCCCCUCUUCCUCGGCGAAAUUAGGGUUCCACCGUUUAAUCUCCUCAAAUCCCAAACGGAUCAAUGGCAUGUAGAUUUCAUCGUUUCAGAGGGAUUUCUUUGGUUUUUUUCCGGAACUUUUAUUCAGGUUCAGGAUCGAGGAGAAUGCUCCAGGAUCAUCUUCCAACUUCUAUGUUACGCGAAUGGCUAAGAAAGAGAAACAAAUGUCCGGUGUUUUUAGAUCAUUUUCUUGCUUUCAGGAGCUCAACGGCAACAGUGACAACAGAAGCAAAUGAUAAUUUGGCUUUACAGGCUGAGACUUUGGCCUUUAUCAAGUCAACAUUUAAUGAACUUGAAGGACCAAAUUAUUGUUGGUUGAACAACACUAACGGCAGUAGAAAAUAUUUCAAUCAAGAAGGACUAUUCUUAUCGCUUAUGUAUUCGGCGGCUGAAUAUUCUGCUAGAUAUCGCGAACUUUCAAUUCAGUUUGAAAGGCUAAAAUUGCUUCAGCAAAGGUUCCCAGAACUGAAUGUUUUUGCUGUACACUGUGGAUGUUCAGCCAAUUCAGUUGCUACUGGUGCUCGGUUGCUUCAGACAAUCAUGGACGAGUACAUCACAUACCCUAUAUUAAUAUCAGACAAUGAUUUUAUGGAUAUGACAAAUGGUUCUUGCUACUUCCUAUUCGAAAGUUCUACAAAUCACUUGCGCUGUUUAAGGUGGGACAAGGAGCCUGAAGCCAUAGUCAAAGUGAUCGAGACAUUUAAUGUGUUGGGAGCAGAUAGUUCUGGUACUGUUCAAGAUUCGAAAUCAGGUUGGCAGAGACAACAUGAGGCUAUAAAGGAACCAGAUGUUGGUUCUUUCAGAAAUUUAUUUCUUAAUUAUCCAGGGUGUGUUUCUGUAGAUGAAAAUGGAAACCGCAUAUUCAUAUCCGACAGUAAUCACCAUCGGAUCAUUAUAAUUGAUGGUGACGGGAAGAUAUUAGAUUGCAUUGGUUCUUCCCCUGGUUUUGAGGAUGGUGAAUUUGAAUACACUAAGUUAUUGCGUCCUGCUGCAUCAUAUUAUGAUGCUGCUGAAGAUUGCUUAUACAUUGUGGACUCUGAGAAUCAUGCUAUUAGGAGGGCUGAUUUGGAACGGAGGGUCGUAGAGACAAUUUAUCCAGUUUGUGUUCCUGAAGCCCAUGGUAUAUGGAGCUGGAUCUUGGAUAAGCUUGGAGUUGCGAGAGAAAAGGGUCCUAAAUCUAAGGAGUUCGAUGCAGACUCUUUUACAUUUCCAUGGCAUUUGAUAAAGAUGGGGGAGAAUGACCUGAUGGUUAUAAACCGCAGUUUUGAAACAUCAUGGAUCAUAAGUAUGGAAACUGGUGAGAUAAGAGAAGUUGUAAGAGGUGCCCGAAAUGUUAUUGAGUUGUCUCGGCAAACAAUAAUGGAGAAACUCUCUCUACUAAAGGAUAUGAACAAGAAAUGGCCAUUGAAGACAGUGGAGGACCGCCUUUCUCUAGAGGGUGUUCCUUGUGCUGGUUUUGUCUCAUCAAUUGCAAGAUUUCAGGAUAACAUCAUAUUUUGUGAUGCUGCUGGUCAAAGGGUUUUGAAGCAGCAUGGGAACACUAUGGACGUAUCGUGCAUUAGGUUUUCGAACUUUGGCGUUAUUGGUUUACCAUAUUGGUUAGUUUGUCCUCUUGAGAGAGUUUUCAACAGCGGGUAUGCUACUAGACCGUGGAAAGAGCAUAUCCAUUCUGUAAAUGUGCUUCCUGGAAGAUGUGACAUAAGAGUACAUAUAGACAUCCCAGUUAGUACUGAAUUAGCAGCACCCUUGGAGGAGAGUAGUGUGUGGCGCCAAGCUAGAGGAUCCGUUUCUUUACUCGCUGGACUAGAGGGGCCAGCCGAUGAUAAAGAAAAGGUUGGGAUCGCGCAACAGUGGUUUGAUGAGUUAGAUAAUCUUGCUUUUACACGCCCUGAGGAGGAAUCUGAGGUUCAAGGCGAGGAGGAACUUUCAGAUAGAAACUUCCGGGAUAAGAACAGAGUUCAUGUCGAUUGUGCCGUCAACAUCAGUCCGGGGACAAGUGAGGUUGUUGUCUCAGCUGUUCUCUAUCUCAAAAUAAAGAAGCUGCAAGAAAACAAAGAAGAUCACAAAGCAUUAGCUAUGAGGAUUCUCGAUCAACCGAAUCCAAGCGGGAAACUAGAGCGUGCGAUCGUGGAAUUGCUCGCGGAAACCUGUGGGGAUGCGAGCGAUAUAAUCUUCAUGAAACCGCUGCACCUCAGACUGAGACUCGAGUGUGGCGACCACCCAGCCGCCGAGACGAAUAAGGAGACGGUUUUUACGAACUCCGGCGUUCAUAUUAAUGUAGCUCUCGAAUGAAUUGUGCAUUCUAUGUUUCGUUGUUGUAAAACAUUGUUGGUUUAUUAUGGUUUGCAUUUUUUAGACUAUCAUUCUGGGUGAAGUUCAUUCCUUGAUAUGGUGGCAGAAGUUUAGCAACUAGUAGUAACAUCUUCUUUUCAGUUUUUUUUUUUUUUUUUUUUGGGGGAAAAGUCUGUAUCAUAGAGAAACUUAGAUGGCAAUAAAGUAUUUUCCAAAUUUGGUAGAGAAA